AUAGACGAUCUUUGCGUGUAUCUCUGUUGUGGGGAAAAAAGCUCCUCUCCUUCUGACUGCUAUGGCAGAGCUACUGGACGAUACUUUUCCGUUUUCAGUGCUGACCUCUGCCUCUGGGACAGUUUGGUGACGGGGUUUCUUUGGGUAGACUCAUACACAAAGAAAAGUGUCGUUUAUGAGCGCUGUCCAGCCACUUCUUGGUGGUAGCUGCUGGACUCUGAGGCUAGCUGGCUUAGCGGAACGUUGACCGAGUGGAGCCAGCUGGUCGGACGGAGAAACAGAAACGUUAGCGAACAAGCUAAUUAGCCAGAAACACUGAGCUUGGAUUACUGCCUUUGAUCAAGCACAGAGAGCAGGUCUGCGGGUUCACUUCACUGCGGCAAACAUGAAAAUAACCGUGGACUUUGAGGAAUGUCUGAAAGACUCCCCACGCUUUAGAGCAACCAUAGAGGAAGUGGAGGGGGAUGUGUGUGAGUUGGAAUCCAAGCUCGACAAACUGGUGAAGUUGUGUAUUGGGAUGAUUGAUGCUGGAAAAGCCUACAACGCAGCCAACAAACAGUUUGUCAGCGGGAUCCGGGAGCUUGCCCAGCAGUCUGCCAAAGAUGAAGUCAUCGAGUCCAGCCUCACAAAGUUUGCAGAGAGUCUGCAGGAGAUGAUCAACUAUCACACGAUAUUGUUUGAUCAGGCGCAGAGAUCAAUCAAGACUCAGCUGCAAACCUUUGUGAAAGAUGACCUGCGAAAGUUCAAAGAAGCCAAGAAACAAUUUGACAAAGUUAGUGAGGAAAAGGAGGCUGCGCUUAUCAAGAAUGCUCAGGCUCCUCGCAACAAGCAGCAUGAAGUGGAGGAGGCCACCAACAUCCUCACCGCCACGCGCAAGUGCUUCCGACACAUUGUCCUCGACUACGUCUUACAGAUAAAUGUUCUACAGUCUAAGAGAAGAUCAGAAAUCCUGAAAUCGAUGCUGUCCUUCAUGUACGCCCAUCUGACGUUCUUCCAUCAAGGUUACGACCUCUUCAGUGAACUCCAGCCUCUUAUGAAGCAGCUGGGUGGACAGUUGGACCAGCUGGUGGUCGAUGCUGCCAAAGAGAAGAGGGAUAUGGAGCAGAAGCACUCCACCAUACAACAAAAGGCUGCUCUGCAGGAGGUGACAGAGCUUGACUUUUUACCAGACCAUCGCAGCUUUUGUGCCUGGAGGUCGACCUCUGAUUUCUCAAAUGAUGACACAAAGCUGGAAUACAAUGUGGAUGCAGACAAUGGCAUUGCAAUGGAAGGUUAUCUAUUCAAGAGGGCCAGUAAUGCUUUCAAAACUUGGAACAGACGUUGGUUCUCCAUCCAAAACAAUCAGCUAGUUUACCAAAAGAAAUUUAAGGACAACCCGACAGUGGUGGUAGAAGACCUGAGGCUAUGUACAGUCAAACACUGCGAGGACAUAGAGCGGCGCUUUUGUUUUGAAGUAGUUUCACCCACAAAGAGCUGCAUGAUGCAGGCAGACUCAGAGAAGCUGCGGCAGGCUUGGAUCAAAGCCGUCCAGAACAGUAUCGCCACCGCCUUCCGCGACAAGGGAGAUAACGGCGAGAAGCUGGACAGGAAGUCAUCCACGUCAACAGGGAGUCUGGACUCUGGAGGGGAACCUAAAGAGAGGUCGCUGAAGGGAGAGAGCGCCCUGCAGAAGGUCCUGGCCAUUCCUGGCAACGCCUGCUGCUGUGAUUGUGGGCAGGCAGAUCCCCGCUGGGCCAGCAUCAACCUGGGCAUCACUCUGUGUAUACAGUGUUCUGGCAUCCACAGGAGUCUGGGUGUGCAUUUCUCCAAGGUUCGGUCUUUGACUUUGGAUUCAUGGGAGCCAGAACUGCUUAAAUUGAUGUGUGAACUGGGAAACAAGGUGAUCAACCAGAUAUAUGAAGCUCGACGAGAAGAACUAGGAGCCAAGAAACCACAGCCAGGAGACCCCAGACACGAGGUGGAGGCGUACAUCAAAGCCAAAUACGUGGAUCGGCGUUUCGUGCGCCGGCCGUCGGACGAGGAGCUUCGAAACAAAGUGGUUUCCCUGAGCAAACAGGAGAAGAGGCUGAGCAGCAGCUCAGACCAUCUGCCGCCAAAACCGCCUCCUUCCACACCCAAACUUCGGCCGGGCUCUCGUGUCACAGGACAGUCAGCUGCUGCCCGCGGCGUAGAGGCCCGCCGCGACUCUCUCUUCUGUCCUGAUGAGCUUGACUCGCUCUUCUCCUACUUUGACACCUCCUCCAAGCUCAGGAGCAUGAAAAGUGCGGACAGCGGCAUUCAGAACAGUGCCGAUGGGAGCAGGGAGAUGCUGGCCACCGCUGCUUCCAGUAACAGCCUGACAGAUGCAGAAGCUGCAGAGUCUCCACCCAUGCCCGCCACUCUCCCGGCUGCGUCGCCUUGUAAGGAGGUGGUUUUCUACGAGCCAAAGGAGUACAGUCCGGGUCUGCAGCUCUACUGGGCGUCUUUCACCCGCAGCCUGCCGGACAUGGCCGAGGCGGUGGCCCACGGCGCUGAGGUCAACUGGGUCAACACGGAGGAGGACAAGAGGACGCCGCUUAUCAUGGCGGUGCACGGGGGCUCGCUGGUCACCUGCGAGUUUCUGCUCCAAAACUCGGCGAAUGUGAACCAGCAGGACGCUCAGGGCCGAGGACCCCUGCACCACGCCACCAUGCUGGGACACACGGGUCAAGUCUGUUUGUUCUUGAAAAGAGGAGCAAAUCAAAACGCUGCCGACAUCGACGAGAAGACGCCUCUGAGCAUAGCGGUGGAGGCAGCAAACGCAGAUAUUGUCACAUUGUUGAGGUUGGCCAAGAUGAACGAAGAGAUGCGGGAGGCGGAGGGGCCCUACAACCCGUCAGGGGACGAAACCUACCAGGACAUCUUCCAGGAUUUCACCCACAUGGCCUCGAACGACCCCGACAAGCUCAACCGUUACCAGCAGUACGACCAGCAGAGACCCUGAUGCUGCAGAAACGCCGGUGCAGCCCAGGUCAGACCUUCACCUCUUACAAACGGAGGCCCCGGAGUGACGCCCGCUGUCUUUGCAGGAUCGUUCAGAAAGGUCUAAUGCAACUUGCAGUAUUUGUAAGAAUCUGGAAGCACUUUGGUCAACUGAAUAAAAAAAAAAAAAAAAACUCAUUUAUUUGGUUUUUUUUGUUCACCCCAGGCGCGCUUUUCAGUUUGACCUUUUGCAGUAUGCGAAUGGUACAUUGUUAAAGCUGUUUAAAAGGAUGUCAGAUGAAAACUGAACUCUGAAUGUAGAGCAGUCGUCUUUCUUUGAGCAAGUUUCUCCCAUGCCGAUGUGUGAAACACGCUUCAUCCGACCUGUAAAGAGAAGUUCUGACUGUUGAGAAAAAGUCUUGUUUUUGUCAUAGAAAAUGUUUUUCAUGAAAGGGUUGUCCUGUACAUGCUUUUACUUUUAUUUACACAGUUCUCUCCAUGUACUGGAAGCAAACGUGCUAAUAUUGCAUUUGUGAUUUUAAACAUUGAUUUACAUUGAUGUUUUUUGUGCCUGCAGAUUGUAUCAUUGGAGGGUUUGGGGAUAGCUUUUCUUUUACGUUUAGACUCCUGAUCUAAAUGUUGUGAAACAGGAAAACAUCAGGGUUUUUUUGUUUUUUUUUUACUUGGUCAUUUUAACAUUUUUCUUGUGUGAAACUCAGCCAGACACGGUGUUUAUUGAAAAGUGUUUUUGUUUUUUAGUUAAUGCUAAAACAUCUGUUAAGUGAACAUCUUCCACAUCAGAGAGACACCAUGAAAAAGACAGACCAGACAAAGCUACUCGCAGCUCUGAAAAAGUGUAAAAAUCUCCUGUCUUACACAUUUCUGUUGCUUUUUGUCACACCGAAAGGUUCACCUCAAAAAUCAUCAAAUUUAAUGAUCAGACAAGAGGAGCAAAUACAAAAUGCAGUUUUCAAAUGAUUUCUUUAAAGGGUAAAAAGCUAAUCAGAUCAACUUGGCCCUAUGUCAAAAUGUUAUAGCGCCCUAAAGCCUAAAACUGGCAGAAAAUACUUUUCCGUGGACAUUUUGAGGACCAUCAAGAUGUUUUUGGGCAAACAUGAGACGGGCCUUUGUGUUCUUCUUGUGUCGAUCUUAUUGUUGAAUCAUGAACACAGACCCCAGCUGAGACACUAGAGGCCUACAGUGUUUUUGGAUGUUGUAACUCCUUGGAUUUUGGUUUAAUUUUGGUAUUCCAGCCUAUUCUCUAUUUGUGGAUAAUGACUCUCAUUGGGAAUGUUUAACAUGGCUUCUUAAUCCUUUCCAUACUGAUAGACGUCACUGACUGUUUCUCAUCUGUCCUCAUCAUGAUGUGUUGCUCUUUUAUUCUACUUCAUGAUGUCAGACAGGUUCUAUUCAGGUGAUUUCCUGUGUCCACGGGUCAGGGAGGUGCUGGGUCUAGUAAAAUUGCACCAGAACUUUGUGGUUAUUUACAAUUGAUUUAAAUCACAGUCAUGACUUAAUAUAUAUUCACGUAGAGCCAGGUUGGGUUGCACAGCUUUUUCUUGUAAUUAAUAGGUCAUCGUUGGAAAAACGAAAACAGAAUAAAAAAUCAGUAAAGGGGAAAAUACUUUUUCACAGCCAUGUAGCUGUGUUACCUCAGAGGGCACUGACCUUUCAUUCAGUUUUAGGUUUUUCACCUCAUACAUUUCACUAUGUCUCUUCUGUUGCUCAUCGUGCAGAAGAUAAUUAGCCCGACGAUCAGAGUAAAAAUGUCGACAGCAGUUCACUGUGUGCCAGUGUUCACCUGAGUUGGAGCUGAUGCAUCCUGACAAUCAUAUCCAGUCUGUUGAAGCUGAAAACUCUUGAUCUGUUUAAUGACUGCAUUUCAUUUUUCACUAGAGGAGGAGGAGAAGCAAGCUUAAAGUGUUUUUGUUGAAUAAAAUCAAAUGUUUCAGGAAUUUGCUGGAAUUCCUUCUGCUAUCUACCAUCUGCAGUUCCCAAAUGUGGCAAUUCAGUUUGAGAAAGAGAUUUAGGUUGUAAAGCCAAUAUGUUGCGCUGAAAUCAGUUGAAAAUGAGAAGCUUACAUAUUAAUUAUAAAGAGUUUCCCCUCUUUGACAUUUUCUGUUUAGAUUUUCUGAACAGAGGACAAAUCUCUGUCUAGUGCAACUUGGGAUACAGUUCUUGUACAUUUUGUACAGAUGAUUUCAAAUUGUUAAGACUGAAGUAAGGAGUUAGAGGUACUUGAAUGAUUUAAUAAGCUUUUAUAUAUGCUGUUCUUUGUAUCCUUUGAUAAUCAUAGCCUGUUUUUAUAUGUCCUGUAUGUAUACAUGUACUGUAUAAUACACCUGUAAUGAUAUCGGUCUUAAAUACACAGAAACAAAUGAUUCA